UUCCCCCAGCACUAUUACCCUUACCAUACUUUGUUAGUUUCAUUAACUAAGACUGAUCAACUUUACCUCACGCUGAUGCCACGCGCUGCACUUUACCGACCGAUCGGUUGAAUGGGGUUUAAAUCUGAUUUCUGCAGUUUUGAGGCGGUCGGGGAUGAGAAACAAAAGCGAAUGUCUCUGGUGUCAUAAUGUUACGGUGAUUUUGCGCUGCUGCAUUGCAUUAAUAUCGCUACUUUGACGGAGCUUCAGAAUGGCGCGAAGCGGCGCUGAGAAAGAGCGCAAAUUAGAACUGGACGAAACUCGGAUUGACUCCGGAAUCGACUCAUAUAAAUCGAUCUCCAGAGAUCAGUACGGGAGUUUGGAGACUUCUGACGAGAAAGAUAAAGCGGUUUGUGGCACAGAUGAACGACUGGACUCUGCGUACGUGUCUUCGUCGUUAACUACGGAAAGUUUGGAGGAUUUGAUCGGGAACUGUCGUAUUUCUGACUCUGAACGCAACGCGGUGAACGCGACGCAGUGUGAAUACACCGAAGAGGAAGUGAGUCUCUUAACGACUCUGACUGAAGAUGGAGACACGAUUCUCCAUUUGGCCAUCAUUCAUGAAGAACAAGGCUUUGCACAACAGUUGAUGGAUCUUUUUCCUCAUGAGCUGCUGGAUAUUCAGAACAACUUGUAUCAGACGCCUUUGCACCUGGCGACGUACCUGAAUCAGUCCUCCAUAGUGAAAGAGCUGCUGGCGAAAGGAGUCUCACUGGAGCUACAGGACCAGGAGGGAAACACCCCUCUCCAUGUGGCGUGUGAGCACGGUCUGUACGAUUGUGCCAAUGAGAUGGUCGGCGUCGCCUCAUCCAACAAGCUCGCUCACGUGUUGGAGACACAGAACUGGAGAGGUCUCACCUGUCUCCAUGUAGCAACUCUACACAAACAUCAUCGCAUCAUGCGGCUUUUUAUGAAGAAAGGUGUUGACCUGAACGUACAGGAGGGUACGAGCGGGAAGUCUGCGCUGCAUAUGGCCGUAGAGCUUCAUGAUGUAGACGCAGUGACCCUUCUGCUAAACAAAGGGGCUAAUGUAGAUGCCACCAUGUUUAAUGGAUGCACCGCCCUGCAUUUGGCAGUGGGCCGACAGGACGCAUCUAUUGCCAACCUUCUGUGCCAGGCCGGAGCCGACAAGAUGAUCCGAAACCUGGAAGACGAAACGGCCCUGGAUCUAGCAGAUGGCAAUGAUGAUAUAUUGGCCCUGUUCCCUUUUGAUGACAUUCAGAUUAUGGGAAGGACAGUCAUGAACUUUUAAAUAUGUGAUUUUUUUUUAUGUUUAUUUUUGUUUUAUGUUUUAAUUGUGAUCUGAAGUUGUGAGGAUUUUAUUUCUGCACAUCUUUUGAUCUUUCUGCCACCUCAUGUCAAGCUUGAUAUUUAAAUCCAGCUGGUAAAUCACACAGCACCACAUGAUUCAUUCAUAUUUACCGCUGUGUGUAUCAUGAUGUCAUCAAGCAAUGCAAACAUUACUUGUAUUAUAUGUAUUCUGUUGAGCAACCUUGAUGUAAAUGCCGGACAAAAUGCAUUCUGAUAUAUAUGAUUAGAAAUAUUAAUGUUUUUGUAGCAGUUAUGUGCUGUAAGAUGAGCAAAUGCUUUUUAGAUGUGUUUCCAGUGAAUUCAUAGUGUCAAUAAAACCAAUUGUAAUAUUUA